AAUGGAUAGUGUUUUGGCAUUAAAUGCGUUAAACGUAUUGAAAGUGUUGUAAACAAAAGGCUUUCAUCACUCGUUUCGGCGCUUUUGUGGUCACAUUUGCGGCCAAUUCUUGUCAUUGUUUCGCCGUUUUAUUCAAGUCUUUAUCCAAAGGUUUUGUUGAUAUUUAUCGGCAAAACAUACGAUCGCAACACUCGUCACACGAACUGAUCCCAAGACUUGCUUCAGAAGCGAUGAUUUGUGUGAACGCGGCGUCCAAUGACUCGAACGAAUCGGCGGUCAGUUAUUCCCCGCUUUCGAUGUCGUCGUCUUCGCCGGUGAAGCCGUCGCUGGCCAUCAAACAGCUGUUGGAGAGUCCGCUCAUCAAAGCGCAGCCAUUGCCGGAACCGAUGCGCGAAGACUCGCCGCCACCGACGCUGCGGAUGGGAUCGCAGGGAAGUGACACUGAGUUGGACACGAAUCCCGACCUCGACGUCGUAAUGGUUUGCGAGUCUCCCGACCCCACGCCUCAGCCCUCGCAGGACCUGUUGUACGGCGACAACGGUGUGGACGGCGUGACCGAAGUGGCCGACAGUCAGACUUCGUUGACGGCCGACACGGAGGACAACAACUCGAAUGAGUCGAAUCCGUCGGUCGAACGCAAUUGUCUUCGACGGCAGACAUCUGUUUGUGUGAAUACUGUGAGCAAAACCUCUUCGCCUCGAGCUCUGGCUAUACUGAAGAACGCCAUCAAAACCUCUUAUAAUAACAAUUCUAACAAAUUUUGUGAUAAACUUAUUGUUAAUAAUAAUAACAGCGAAGACAUGACCGCAACUGCUUUGAGCGCCACUAAGAAUAGUCUCGAUUUGAUUAACGGCUGUCAAAGUCCGCCGAAUCACAAACUGAUCCGAAACUCUCCAUUCAGUCGCGGUUCGGCUCUUCUGAAGGCCGCCAAAGAGAGAAUGGAGCGAAAGGAGAGCGACAGGAGUCCCAAAAUACUGACCAAUUUGUUGAUUGAAUCGGGGUUUGACCGGCAAUUGACGGGUAUAUUACGUAAACACGAAUUGCAAUCUUCGCCGACCAGUUCUGGCGAACCGAAGCCCAAGAAGAAGAAAGUGCUGUUCGCCGAACCGGUGGUCAGUUCUAAACUCGAGUUCAAACUCUCGCCUUCGCCCACUUGUAGCGGCACAGCCGACGAAUCGGGCGUUCGGCCGCUUUCGCAACACACGUCGGCCUUCGGAUCGGCCAUCGAUUGCGGUGUUGGCGAAGACGGUGUGCCGACUGUCGUACAAGACAUGAACGACAAGAGGCGUAACCAUUUGGUCCAUCAGAACAGUACGUUUGACAAGGAAUUUGACGCCAAUUCCGUGGACUCGAGCGAAGACUCGCAAAACAGCGAUCAGAUGCCGAUUCUUAUGACACAAAAGUUUUUCGCCGCCGACGAAGACGAGUUUCUGGAGCCCAGUUGUGGUCAACAACGAAACCCUACAUAUGACGACUUUGACGACAGCUCUGACGUUAAUCUGAGGAAUACGUUAAUCUCAUCGACGAAUGACUGUCAACAGGACUCAUACGACGAGCUAUUCAUGUGUUCGCAACCGAUGCCGGAGAGUACGCGUAUUGAAUGGACAGAUGUCGGCAUACAGACCAUUCCGAUGGGUGAGAGCGCCGACACCUAUGUUGAGGACCCGAUAGUGAACGUACCGAUGAGGUUGAGUCUCGUCAAAGAGCUUUACCACAUGUUUGGCGAAUUCAUUGAACAGCACUCACAGUCUUAGCGUCGAGUAUCUGUUUCUAUGAGUUUUAAUUUAUGUCUUAAUAUAUAAGUGAAGCAAACAGUGAGUUUAGAAAUACAAUUAACUUUAAUUAAUUUUAAUUCAAAUGUAAAACAUUUUUGAAAAAAUAAUACACAAAUACUUUACGCAACAAAACCAACAAAUCUGCUAUAUUUUUCUGUCUUUCGACUAAAUCUAUACAAUACAUAUGAAACACAAUUACUAUUAAAUGUUAAUAAAUAACACAAAACGUUAUUUUUAAUAUGAUAUGAGAUUUUAAGUGAAAGUGUUUUCUCAAUGAGAAGCAAACUUUAGGUCCAAAAGUAGAGUGAAUUAAAUCAUGUAUUUUUGCUGACCGUAUAUAUCGUAGCGUUGGUUUAAAUCUAGUUUUAUUUAUCUCUAUUUAAAUUGUAUUUUUAGUUUGUUUUUUCUGGAUCUCCUCUCUUAGAUCACAGCACACAUCGAGACUGUGGUUAUCUGUAAUUUAUUUUUGUCUCGAUUUUCCAUACAUUUGACCAUUUUUUGGAUCAAAUACUCUUUAUUUCAUUCACAU